CUCCAGAGUGACUUUAUGGACCUCCCGAGGGAGAAGGUGGACGGGAAGCAGCAGGUAGAGAAACUAGAGCUUGGAUUCAUCCAGCUCUCUGGAGCCACAGAGAGCAUGAGAGAGUACAUCACGGUAUAUGAGAGCCAGGGGGCAGUGCCAAACACGCGGCACCAGGAGGAGGAAGCCAGCAGGCUGGCCCAGAACGAGGAGGAGAUGAAGGUGAAGCUGCUGGAGCUGCAAGAUAUGGUGUUGCCGGUUGUGGGUGACCACGAGGGGCAUGACAAAUUCCUCCCUGCUGCCCAGAACCCUGUUAAUGAGCCCGCUCCAGGGGCCCCAGCCUCCCAGGAACUUGGGGCUGUGGAGGAGCAGAGUGAUUUUCAGGACAGCGUGGAGCCUGCACCGGGACAGGCCAGGAAGGGUUCUCCCUGUGACAAUCCCACUGCACAGAAGAUCCUGCAGCUGCUUCCUGUAAUGCAGGACACCCAGGAGGCUGAGUCCUUACAUUCCUGGACGGUGAUGUUUGUUAUUGAAGAACCAGAGGCUAGUGGAGCUGGUUUGUUUGGAGGAGGCCUGAUGGCCUCCCUGCUCUCACCAAAGCAACUUUUCCCUCAGAGGAGCUCCCGUCUUCUUAUUCAGAGGCAGCUGAGGCGGAGUGCCGGUUGCCCCACGGGCUCCCUCCAGGCUGAGUUCAUCGCCCUGCACCCUAGUGACCAGAGCAGGCUUCACAGCACAAGAGCCAUCUAA